AAUAUGGACACGAGAAUUUUGAACAUAAAUAAAAAAGAUGAAGAAAACAAUGAAAUGGAUGGUUAACAUUUAUAUUUGUUGUUUUACAUUGAGUAUACAUCUAUCUGAGCAAAAUCAAAUUGAAUCAGUGAGAGUGAUUACAUGGACAACAAAUCCACCAUAUUAUCUGCAAGCCAGCUUUCGUAAAGAUGAACACCACACAGGAAUCAUCAUGACUCUUUUACAAACUUCAAAAAAUAUAUGCUUGCAAAAGAAUGAAUUCACUAAAAUAGUACAUGAUGACGUCAAUCUUAUAAAAACACAUGAAGAACUUGUAGGAUUAAUUUUACAGAAUGACACAGAACGUAUGCUUCGAAAUUUAAAUAUUACUAGAGACGAAAAACAACUGAUUGUCAUUGGAGCUUCCUCAUUCGCCCAUUUAGACGAGGUCAACAAAAAUUUUAGCAUCAAGACAUUAGUUAACUCUGAACGAGCAGCUGUUAUAGUCCACAGCAACGACAACUUGUUACUUGUCAAAUUUUUCAGUGCUAUAAGUCAAUGUUAUGUUGUAAUAUAUUUUGCAGCUAUUGUGGCCAUUAUUGUUGCAACAGCAGUGUGGCUGCUGGAACAUCAAAUUAAUGAAAACAUCCCAAAGACGUUUAGCGAAGGCCUAUGGACCUGCUUUUGGUUCUGUUUUGUCACAAUGACAACAGUAGGAUAUGGUGAUAUCGUUGUUAAGCAUUUCGUGACAAAGACAAUAAUAAUUAUAUGGAUGGUGUUUGGCCUAAUGAUGACUUCCAUGAUUACAGCCACUGUUCUCGAGGAGCUUCAACAGGCAGUGGAUACGAAAGGCCACCAUGUGUCAGUCUUAUCAAAAUCUACCGAAACAGAAUUGGUUACACAACAAUUACAUGCAAAACCAAUAGAACUUGAGACGUAUGAAGAAGUUUUAAAUGCUGUAAAAGAAAGAAAGGUGAAAGCUGCAUUAAUAGAUGCAAAUGUUGCAGCAGUUUUGUUCAACCAAAAACAAUCUGAUGAGUUAAUUGUAGAGAGAAUUCUUACUGUUUUGAUGCCCAUAAACAUUUUUAUCCUGUCAAAGAACUGUUCGACAAAUGCACUGGUAAAUGCAGAUCAACGCAAAAGUAUAGAAGCUAUAUACAUUCCACCAUUAACUACAAAACUUUACCACAUUAGGGCAUUCACAAAGAUUUUUGAGAAAACAGAUAGUGGUGAGAUAUUAUAUACUACAAUUGUUGCAGGCUUUCUUGUCUCAGUAGCAAUUUUGACAGAGUGUAUUAAAUUCAUGAAAACUAAACUCAAUAGCAGGAGAGUGGAAAGCAAAAAUUGCAAAUCUGUUGAUUUAGAAAACAGACGGUUGAAAUUAAUUGCAGAUUUAAAGAAACUGAUUAAUGAUCUAGAAAGUAGAGAGAUUCAAAAACUCGAGCUAUCAAACAUGGUGUGUAGUUAAUAAUAUCUGGUAUAUAUAAAUAUAUGUGUAUUAAGACGUUUUUACAUGAAAUAUCAAUUAUAUGUGGAUGUAGCAUACAUGAUUUAAGAGUCACCUUUUUAGAACUAUAAUUUCUGCUUUUUUUGAAAAACAUCUCUCUAAAAUCAGUUUAAUUUUGACCUUUUUAUUGAAGCCAGCAAUGCAUCACAAUUAGCUGUUAACAAUUGUUUUUAUUGAAGGAAUGUGCCUACACUCAACAAAUAUAGCAAAUAUGGCUA